AAAUAUUAUAAAAUGACUCGUAUAAUAUUUUUGCAUCCAGAUCUUGGAAUUGGUGGAGCCGAAAGAUUAGUCGUUGAUGCUGCUUUAGCUUUAAAGAAAAAUGGUCAUGACGUAUCUUUCGUGACAACUCAUCAUGAUCCGGAUCACUGUUUUCUUGAAACAAAAGAUGGUACAAUUCCCGUUACAGUUGUUGGUAAUUGGCUACCAAGACAUAUUCUAGGCAAGUUUUUUGCAUUAUGUGCUUAUAUUAGAAUGGUAUAUGCUGCAACUUAUAUAAUAUUUUUAAAAAACCGUCCAGAAUUAGUAUUUUGUGAUUUAGUUUCAGUAUGUAUUCCUAUUCUUCGACUAUGUAUUCCCCAUGUUGUAUUUUAUUGUCAUCAUCCAGAUCAGUUACUUUCUAUGCCUGGAGGUUGUUGUAAAGCUUUAUAUCGUGUUCCUCUUAAUUAUUUAGAAGAAAUUACGACUGGGAUGGCUCAUAAAAUUUUUGUUAAUAGUAUAUAUACUCGUAAUGUAUUUAAAUCCACGUUUAAAAAAUUAUGUAUUGAACCAGAAGUUCUAUAUCCUUCCAUUAAUACAGACUUCUUUGAUAAAACAAGAAUAAUAUUAUUAGAGAGAGUAUUGGAUAAAAAAUUGCCAGAUGAUAGCAUUAUACUCUUAUCUAUAAAUAGAUAUGAGAGAAAAAAAAAUUUAUCUCUUGCAAUAGAAACACUUGCCUACUUAAAAAAUUCUUUAACAGAACAAGAAUAUAAACGAUUAUAUUUAAUUAUGGCUGGUGGAUACGAUAAACGAGUUGAAGAAAAUGUUGAACAUUACUUGGAAUUAAUAGGACUUUCUGAUGAAUUACAUGUUACAGAUAAAGUAAUUUUCUUACGUUCUCCUUCUGAUAUUUAUAAAGUUUCUCUUUUAAAACACUGUGAUAUUUUGAUAUACACACCACACAAUGAACAUUUUGGUAUAGUUCCAUUAGAAGCUAUGUAUAUUGGAAAACCUGUAAUUGCUCAUAAUUCUGGUGGUCCAAUGGAAUCAGUUAUUGACAAAGUUACUGGAUAUUUAGUUAAUGGUUCUAGCAAAGAAUUUGCUGAAAAAAUUAAAAUAUUAAUAAAAGAACCAUCGCUUGUAGAAACAUUUGGAAAAGCUGGCAGAGAACGGUUUCUUGCAACAUUUAGUUUCACAGCAUUUAGCACUCAGUUAAGUAAAGCAGUGGAUGAGCUAAUUAAUUUUAAGAAAGAUUAAUUUAAUUAGCUAUUUCCUAGUACUUUUUUUAAUAAUAUAUUAUUUAUUAUGCUUAUAAAAUAAAAUAUACAUAUAAUGCAUUUAUAAAAUAAGUGAACCAGUAUUUUAAUUCUCUGAGGCACUUAACUACAUCAAAUUAAAUCAAUUAAAUGAAAUGUUUUUACUAUUUUCA